CAUGGCAACAUAUCAUAUGCGGAAACACUGUAUCCUCACUCAGAAAUGUGUUUCUGGCUACUGUGACAGCAGUUUGAUUGUCAGGCGGUGCAAAUGCAUCGGGCACCUGUCCCUCCAGUUGUGUGUGUUGAAUGUCUCUUAGCUAAUGAUGGGCAAAAUACACAAAGGAUUGAAUGACAGCUGCAAACUUCCAGGAUACAUAUCAUCAAUACCCACCAAAUACCAAACAGUGGUGAUAAGCAAUGAGGAUAAGAAAGGGUUCUUGUCACAAGCUAAGAGGUUCCUUUCAGAAGACAGUCAGAAUGAAAACCCAGGGCCAGGCACAUAUAUGUCUCACAGGCCUGCUGAAAUCAGCAGCCCCUCCUUCUCAAAGAAAGGUACAGGAGGAUUUGCAUCCCAGGCUGUCAGAGUUCCCCGUAACCCUCAGAGAGGUAUCCCAGGACCAAAUGCCUAUAACCUGCAGUCCUCUCUGAUCCACAAACACAGCUUUGGCAGGGGAGGCUCCAGAACUUUCCGAUUACCAGUGGCUGUACAACAUGAUGGCCCUAAGAACAAGACACCAGCCCCUAAUCAAUAUCAUGUGUCUUUCAAUGGGGUAAAGCCAAACACGUUAGUGUCCGCUCAAUCAGUAUUUCUGUCAACAACUGGACGGAGUUCUAUGUGCUCAAACACUCUAAAAGGACCAUCACCCUGUCACUACAAAGUCAAUGAUGCCAUAACUCAGAAAUGCCCCAAGGUUCCCCUCUCCUGCUUUAAGUCCAACUCUGUGAGGAUCCAGGCCCCUGUGAAUAACCAUGUCCCAGGCCCAGGCACCUAUAGUCCCUACCAGGCCCCAGAGCCAGUCAGGAGAACCAUCCUACCGAGGAGACAUUACCUGGGAAUAUCAGCUCCCCCUCUGAUUCUUCUGAAGAACCCUCCCCUGCCUGGCCCUGGGCAGUAUGAUGUAGUGAACUAUGGAGACCCGACCAAGCACUUCAUGUCCAGUGCCGUGUUUGUUUCUGGGACAAGCCGUUGGACCCAGGAUGUGCGCGGCCAAGGAGUUCCAGGGCCAGGUUACUAUGAACCAGACACAUCAUCAAAGCGGUCUUUCUUAUACAAUUACUCCAACAACUGGAUUCCAGCAUGAAGCAAUUGAGGCAACUCACAUUGCUUUUGUGUGGGUGUUUUUGCAUGUGUUCACACCACACUGGGCAUAUAUUUACUCGUGUACUUUAUGUGAAAUUGUAUUGUGGUUGAGUGGCUUGGUGUGGGAGUUUGUUUCUGCAUGUGAGGAAGGUUUUGUACAAUUUUUUCAUGUGCAUUCCAUGUACUGUACGCAUGUGUUUCACUGUGACUAAAGAGAAAGAUACAAAUCACUUCAUAUUUCCAUCUAUUCAGUAAUUGUAUUUCCAAUACAGUGUCUUCAGAAAGCAUUCAUACCCCUGGACUUAUUCCACAUUUUGUUGUGUUACAGCCUCAAUUCAAAAUGGAUUAGAUUCCAUUUUUUUCCACUCCCAACUACACAUAAUACCCCAUAAUGACAAAUUUAAUCCAUGUUUUUCGAAAUUUUACCAAAUGUAUUGAAAAUAAAACAGAAGUAUCUUAAUAUUCACACCCCUGAGUCAAUACAUUGUAGAAGGACUUUUGGCAACAAUUACAGCUGUUAGUCUUUCUGGGUAAGUCUCUAAGAGCUUUCCACACCUGGAUUAUGCAGCAUUUCCCCAUAAUUAUUUUCAAACUUUUGCAAGCUCUGUCAAAUUGGUUGUUGAACAUAGCUAAACAACCAUUUUCAGGUCUUGCCAUAGAUUUUAAAGUACAUUUAAAUCAAAACUUUAACUCGGCCACUAAGGAACAUUCACUGUCUUCUUAGUAAGGAACUCAAGUGUAGUUUAUUGUCCUGCUGAAAGGUGAAUUAAUCUCCCAGUGUUUUACAUUUUAGUCAUUUAACAGACUCUCUUAUCCAGAGAAAUUAGGGUUAAGUGCCUUGCCCAAAGUCACAUCGACAGAUUUUUCACAAAGUUGGCUGAGGGUUUCAAACCAGCAAUCUUUCAGUUAUUGACCCAACGGUCUUUACUGCUGGACUACCUGCUGCAAGACUGAACCAACCGACUGAACCAGAUUUUUCUCUACGAUUUUGUCUGUGCUUCUCCAUUCCAUUUCUCUUCCCGCCUGAAAAACUCCCCAGUCCUUAACGAUUACAAGCAUACCCAUACAUGAUGCAGCCACCACUAUGCUUGACAAUAUGGAAAGUGGUACUAAGUAAUGUGUUGUAUUGGAUUUGCCCCAAACAUAACACUUUGUAUUCAUGUUUUGCAGUAUGACAUUAGGGCCUUGUUGCAAACAGGGUGCAUAUUUUGGAAUAUUUGUAUUCUUUUUUUUUUCACUUUGUAAAUUCGGUUAGUAUUGUUGAGUAACUACAAUGUUGUUGAUCCAUCCUCAGUUUUCUCCUAUCACAGCCGUUAAUCUCUGUAACUGUUUCAAAGUCACCAUUGGUGAAAUCCCUGAGUGGUUUCCUUCCUCUCUGGCAAAUAAGUUAGGAAGGAUGCCUGUAUAUUUGUAGUGAAUGAGUGUAUUGAUACACCACCCAACGUGUCAUUAAUAACUUCACCAUGCUCAAAGGGA